AUGAUCUUGGACAGCCUAUUCAAGCACUUCGGAAGCAUCAAAAAGUACCAGAGCCUGGUGAAGGCAGCUCUCGUGCUGGCACCUCUAUUUACAUUCAGAAUAAAGAGGCAGAAUGACGUUUCAACCAACGAACCUGUCCAGCACUAUCUAGACAGAAACAUUAGUAUCACCACAUCCUCGGACGGCAGGCCCUUCUUCGACAACAACAGGUUCGUCCUCAACAGUCUGCCGCCAAGAUUGACUUUGAGAAUCCAGGGAUGUCCGGAGCAAAAGGAAAACUACCAUCCUGUGAUCUCGACUCUGAGAUCCAUGGACAUCAGGAACAUCAAUGUGGUCAUCGAUCUGAACCCACCCGACGAAAAGUGCAUCUAUCUGUUUGAGAUAGACCUUAGGUUUGAAGACAAAACAUGCAUGCUUAUACAUCCUCUAAAGAACCACCAGCCGAACUCGGACUUCCUUCUUGUUGCAGGAGAGUUCUUUCCAUGCAAAAUGGUCUUCGACCCGAUGGACAUCUUUCUCACAAACAUACCAUCAAACCGCCUGUAUAUAUUGCUGAGGAACACCCCCAGAGGCCUGAAGACAUUCAUGAGCUUUGUCAGGUCUAUUUCCUUUGUGCGAACCCAUCCAUAUGGAAGCUACUUUUACAUCCCUACAAACGGUGCAUAUAUAGACGUUAUUAUGUUCAUGCCGCUGGUGCUUUCUGUGCUGGCAUACUACACGCUUGACUGGGUCUGUGUCCCCCACUCUGUCUCCACGACAAGGAUAUUUCUCGGGGCUCUUCUCUACUCGUUCUUUCCUGUGUCGUUCCUCUUCUUCAUCCGGAGAAACGAAUCCCUGUGCCUCGCCCCAAUCUUCAUGGUUCUGAAUCCAAAGGUGGGUCUGGGAUACAUUGGGAUAUGCUAUCUGAGAAUGGUGUGCGACGUGCUCGCCAUUGCCAAAAGCAUCCGAAAGCCAUCAACGUGGACCUGA